AGAAUGGUUUGUUCUUUAGAAAGAAAAGAUUCUCUGAACAUAUAUAAAUACUAGUUAUACAUGAGUUUAAGAUACUAUUAGCAUUUUAGCAACAAUGAAGAGAAUCCCCAUAAUCUUCAUCCUCCUGCUUCCACUCUUAGCCUCAUGUGUAGAACAACAGGUUUACAUAGUGUACUUUGGAGAGCAUAGUGGAGAAAAUACAUUGAAUGAGAUAAAAGACACCCAUCAUUCAUAUUUGCUCUCUGUAAAAAAGAAUGAGGAAGAAGCUAGAGCCUCCCUUAUUUACAGCUACAAGCAUAGCAUCAAUGGCUUCGCAGCAUUGCUCACACCCGAAGAAGCCUCCCAAUUAUCUGAAUUGGAGGAAGUAGUAUCGGUGUAUCAGAGCAACCCAAGAAAGUAUUCUUUACAUACCACAAGGUCAUGGGAGUUUUUAGGCUUAGAUACAAAACCAAAGUAUCCCUGGAGCGGAGGAGACUUACUGUCCAAAGCUAAAUACGGCGAAGAAGUAAUAGUGGGGGUCUUGGAUAGUGGUGUGUGGCCAGAAUCAAAGAGCUUCAGUGAUGAAGGGAUGGGACCUGUCCCAAAAUCAUGGAAAGGAAUAUGCCAAACAGGAGUUGCUUUUAACUCAUCCAAUUGUAAUAGGAAGCUCAUUGGAGCUCGAUACUACCUUAAGAGUUACGAGAAAUACUAUGGCUCUUUAAACACAAGUGAGGAUUAUCGAUCACCCCGUGACAAAGAUGGGCAUGGUACACACACUACCUCAACAGUUGGAGGUCGAAGAGUUCAUAGAACCUCAGCCAUUGGUGGCUUUGCUCAUGGCACUGCCUCAGGUGGGGCACCACUUGUCCGCCUUGCCAUAUACAAAGUUUGCUGGCCAAUACCGGGCGCUUCAAAAGCAGAUGGGAACACAUGCUUUGAGGAAGACAUGUUGGAAGCCAUUGAUGAUGCCAUUGCUGAUGGUGUUGAUGUGUUAAGCCUUUCCAUUGGAACUAAACAACCUUAUCCUUAUGCUGAGGAUGGUAUUGCAAUUGGAGCACUCCAUGCUGCCAAGAAAAACAUUGUGGUGUCAUGUAGUGCAGGUAACACUGGCCCUGCACCUUCAACUUUAUCCAACCCGGCUCCGUGGAUUAUCACUGUUGGUGCUAGUAGUAUUGACCGUGAGUUUGUCUCUCCUGUUCUGCUUGGAAAUGGUAUGAAAUUUGAGGGCCAAACUGUGACUCCAUACAAGAUGGAGAAAAAGUUGUACCCAUUAGCAUACGCGGGAGAUAUAGUUAACCCAAACGUGACCAAAGUCGACUUGGGACAAUGCCUUCCUGGCUCUCUUUCCCCCGAGAAAGCCAAGGGAAAGAUAGUGUUGUGCAUGAGAGGUAAUGGGACAAGAGUUGGAAAAGGCAUAGAAGUGAAAAGGGCUGGUGGUGCUGGUUUUAUACUUGGAAACAGUGUUGCAAAUGGAGCAGAGAUAGCAUGUGAUGCUCAUUUGCUUCCUGCCUCAGCUGUGACUUAUGACGAUGCAAGUAAAAUUUAUCAAUACAUCAACUCCACCAAGAAUCCAAUGGCUACUAUCAUACCUGGGAAAACCUUGGUACAUAUCAAGCCAGCACCUACCUUGACAGCAUUCACUAGUAGAGGUCCUAAUGUUAUUGACCCUAGUAUUCUCAAGCCUGACAUCACAGCUCCAGGACUGAAUAUACUGGCGGCAUGGAGCGAGGCCGAUCCUCCUACAAGGUUGCAAUAUCAAGACAACCGAAUUGUUCAGUACAAUAUAAUCUCUGGAACUUCAAUGUCUUGCCCUCAUGUGUCUGCUGCAGCUGCACUUCUCAAAGCAAUUCACCCUACUUGGAGUAGUGCAGCAAUAAGAUCUGCCCUCAUGACCACAGCUACGUUAAGAAACAACUUGGGUUUGCCAUUGACUGAUGAAUCUGGCAAUGAAGCUACACCAUUUGCAUAUGGGUCUGGCCACUUGCGCCCCACAAAAGCAGCAGACCCUGGUCUAGUGUAUGAUGCUUCAUAUACAGACUACCUUCUCUACUUUUGCAGCACUAAUAGUUCACUCCAGAAAGUUGACCCAACAUUCAAGUGUCCAAAAGCACUACCAACAGCAAUCGACCUCAACUAUCCAUCCCUAGCAAUCCACAAACUCAAUGGCACCGUAACCGUUAAUAGGACAGUCACAAACGUUGGUCCUAGCAAGAGUGUGUACUUCUUUAGUGCCAGACCACCCUUGGGAUUCUCCGUCAAGGCCUCCCCAAGUAUUUUAUUCUUUAAUCAUGUUGGACAGAAGAAGAGCUUCACAAUCACUGUGCAAACUGACAUGCUCAGCAAGCCUCACAAGGAUAAGUAUGCUUUUGGGGGGUAUACUUGGACUGAUGGAGUCCAUUUUGUAAGAAGCCCAAUGGCAGUGUCUUUAGGUUAAUUAUAGGGCAUGUUUGAAUACUGUUUAUUUGCUGAAAACUUAUUGCUGAAAACAUUAUAGCAAAAUAAUUUUUAAAUAUGUGAAUAGUGCUGUGGGACCCAAAAAUGCAUUGGUAUGCGUGUUUUUGU